AUGGAUGAGCAAAUUAAGCCAUCUCCUAAUAUAUUAGUACAGUGUCGAAUAUGCCACGAUGAGGAUGAAGACUCAAACAUGGAGACACCCUGUUCUUGUUGUGGCACCUUAAAGUAUGCACAUAGAAAAUGUGUUCAAAGAUGGUGUGAUGAGAAAGGUGAUACUACCUGUGAGAUUUGCCAACAGCAACUUAAGCCAGGCUAUACUGCACCGCCACCACCUCCCCUAACAUAUUAUGGUGGUUCUCCAACAAAUUUUGGAGGGAACUGGGAGAUUUCAAGAAGGGAUCUUCAUAAUCAUCACUUCAUAGCAUUAUUAGCAGCUUAUCGCGAAUUCCUAGACCCUGAAAUUGAAUAUCCAGCACCCUCUACAAGGAGCCUGAUAUGCUGCCGAAUUAUUGCUAUUAUAUUUAUUGUUCUUCUUGUUUUACGCCAUACACUUCCAAUCAUAUUUAUAAUCAGUGGAGGGGGAGAGUAUUCAUUGAUAGUGUUUAUGUUCGAAGGAUUGAGAAUUAUUGGAAUAAUGGUACCAGUGUAUAUAAUGGUUAAAGCUAUUAUUGCUAUCCAACGGCUUCAAUAUCAGGAUCAUCAUACCCCAAUGCAAUCACUUGGGGAAAAUGACAUGGGGCACUCUCAGUUUCGUGUCAUUCAUAUUGGGUGA